AAAAGCAUAUUCCUCGAUCGUAUUUCUUCCGUGCUUGCUGGAACAUACUUUUUAUAUUCCUCUCUAAUACCUUUCCUCUACUUUGUGAUCACUUUGAGCUAUCUUCUGCAUUGGAAACCUGACCUCGCUAUCUCGCUCUAUUCUACGAGAAAAAUGGUUCAUAUCAAGGAGUUUCGGAUUGUCAUGCCCGUGUCGUUGGAAGAGUAUCGUGUGGCACAUAUGUUCGUUGUGAUGAAGAUGUCACAACAGCACACGACUGGGGAGGAAGGGAUAGAAGUAGUAGAGAACAGACCCUUUGAAGACAAUGCCCUUGGGAAGGGUCGAUACACAAAUAAAAUUUAUCGCCUUCAAAGCAAAAUUCCAUCUUGGCUUACUACUUUUGCACCAGCAGAUGCUCUCAUCAUGCAAGAGGAAUCGUGGAAUGCAUUCCCAAUAUGCAAAUCAGUAAUGAAGUGCCCAUAUUUUCCCAGGUUUCAGUUAAGGAUUGAAACUGUUCAUAGGCCUGACAAUGGGGAGUCAGAAAAUGUGCAUGGCCUGAGUGAAGAACAACUGGCAGCUAGGGAGGUGGAAUACAUUGAUAUAGCUUCUUCUGAAGGGAACUAUUGGAGUUAUCUAGUUGGAAAUAACAAUGUGGACUUCUCAAUAUUCAAAUCAGCAAGAACAGGUCGUGGUCCACUUUUGGAGGGAUGGCAGGAUAGAUGUGAUCCUGUUAUGACAACGUACAAAUUGGUAACAAUUGAUGCACCAUACUGGGGCUUUGGAUAUCAACUCGAACAAGCUCUAAUAGCGGGUGAAAAGGCUCUCUUUUUGGAAAGUCAUCGUAAUUGUUUUAGUUGGAUUGAUGAAUGGUAUGGGAUGACAGUGCAACAAAUAUGUGAACUGGAACAACAGAGCCAUUCUGCAUUAAAUGAGCAUAUUGUGCUCAAGAGCAGAAACUUGGCAAGCAGAUGUUGAUGACAAGCACGGGAGACUAGCCCCGGGUAAUUUCACUUGAUAGUGAACAUAUUUAUGGCAGGAGCUC